AUGACCAGACCGCCGUUCUUUCCCCUGCGAAGAGGCCACAUCGCCGCGCGCGUGUUCUCCAUCUCCCACGCCCGUCGCAACGCGGCGCCUCUACCGGCGCGGAAACCUGUUGGCGCGUUUCGGGGCGGUCUCUUCGGCUUCCUCACUGGAGCCGUCGUUGCCGGUGCCUCGGUGUACUGGUAUAUUUUGGGCAACUACCGGAUUGCAAACGAGAUGCUCUCAGAUGACAUUACGUCAUAUGUCAGAGAACUUGAGGGUAAGGUGGAUCGGCUGCACAAGAAGAAAUGA